AUGGAAAAUUAUACUCAAACAUCAACUGAUUUCAUUUUAUUGGGGUUGUUUCCACCAUCAAGAAUAGGCCUGCUCCUUUUUAUUCUCAUUGUCCUCAUUUUUCUAAUGGCUCUGUUUGGCAACCUGUCCAUGAUUCUACUCAUCUUCCUAGACACCCGUCUACACACACCUAUGUAUUUCUUACUUAGUCAGCUCUCCCUCAUUGACCUAAAUUACAUCUCCACUAUUGUUCCCAAGAUGGCUUCCAAUUUUGUGUUUGGAAACAAGUCUAUCUCCUUCAUUGGGUGUGGUUUUCAAAGCUUCUUCUUCUUGACUUUAGGAGGGGCAGAAGCAUUGCUCUUGACAUCUAUGGCUUAUGAUCGUUAUGUGGCUAUUUGCUUUCCUCUUCACUAUCCCAUUCGUAUGAGCAAAAAAGUGUGUGUGUUGAUGAUAACAGGAUCUUGGAUAAUGGGCUCAAUCAAUUCCUGUGCCCACACUGUAUAUGCCCUUCAUAUCCCUUAUUGUCGAUCCAGGUCCAUCAACCAUUUCUUCUGUGAUGUCCCAGCCAUGUUGACUCUGGCUUGCAUGGACACUUGGGUCUAUGAGUACACAGUGUUUGUGAGUACCACCCUCUUUCUUGUGUUUCCUUUCAUUGGCAUUGCAUGUUCCUAUGGCCGAGUUCUCCUUGCAGUCUGCCGCAUGCACUCAACAGAAGGGAGGAAGAGGGCCUAUUCCACCUGCAGCACACACCUCACAGUGGUAACUUUAUGCUAUGUACCUUUUGCUUACACUUACCUACGCCCAAGAUCGCUGAGAUCUCCAGCAGAGGACAAGGUUCUGGCUGUCUUCUACACCAUUCUGACCCCAAUGCUCAACCCUAUCAUUUACAGCCUGCGAAACAAGGAGGUGAUGGGAGCCCUGAGAAGAAUGAUUCAGAGAAUCUGCUUUUUGAAAAUGUAG